AUGAUACUUGAUCACGCAAACGGGAGAGUUGUUCAGGCACACGAAGACUACUUAGAACAGCAAGCACAGAAAGAAGCGAACGACGAAAGGAAACUAUACAUCGACCAAAUCGACAUUUACAACCUACGGAGCGCUAGCGUAUCAACUGCCGAGGUUCAAAUCAUCGUCGACCAACAACACUAUAAAACACUCUAUUGUGAGAGAGAAGGUGAUGGGGAAUAUAUGGAGGCGCUCAAGCGAGCCACCUCAUACACGAUCUCAACAACUAUUGAUCGCAAUACUUUAAGGACGUGUUCGACCCUCGCAGAUGAACACUUCACCUAUAAUCCAUCGGAAAAUGAGCUGCAUCUACCAGUGUGUUAUCCGAGACAGCAUCACGCUAAUCGGGAUGACGAACCAAUCGCGGUCUUCGACGAAAACUUCGAGUUUACUUCUUGUCGAAAUGGGAAAAGGCUAGCCUACCAAAAUGAUGAUCAGAUGGCGUUUAUAAGACCUGAAGAAAUUGAGAAGUAUAUCGUUCCAUGGCUGAAAAGGGUGCAGAAACAGCUUCAAGAUGAUAAGGCACUGCGCAGCGAGACGCCCGCAGCGAGCGAAGCACAUGCAGGAAGCGAAUCACACACAAGAGUAAUGAAAAAAACACCCAAAAGGACGAAGCUUGCACGCUACCUAGUAAGAACGAACAGUCCUAUGGCUAUUGGCAUACCCGAAGCACUUGUCGACAAAAUCCACCUCUACAACGCUAUGCUUCAACUGGGUCUGCCCAAAUUCGUACAAUUGUCCCUCAUCGACGCGCUGGUUCUUCAAAUGGACCAAACGAGACUUAAUGCGUGUCAACUCGACACACUGGAGCAUACGAUUGGUCGCUUUUACUCAAGAGGUAUCGCUGUACUCGAUCCAGUACUCAACCACUUUAUUGGUACAUACUCUUCUAGAAGCUUGGAUGAUCGCACGAAGCCAGAGCCCUCAGGCCGCAAUGCCAAAUUGGCAGACAAUACAGAUGCUGCUGAGAAGGAACCAGCGACAGAAACCCCACAAGAAGCCUCCAUAGGAUCGAAGACAGGGCAAGCGACCAAUGAAGAGCCAACCGAUAACAGUUCUGAAACUGUGGACAAAGAGAAACCUCAACCCGCGUUGGAAUUAUGGAAGACAAAGAGAAAAUAUCUCGAAUAUUACGAUUUUCCUGCGCAACGCAAAGUCUAUACGCUCGAUACAUAUCUCCUACCCCCCAAGCUACCAGUUCUGGGUCAUAGUAUAAGGCAUUGGUCUGGUGUCCGUCGGAAUCAGAGCAUAGCUGCAGCGUAUACCAGCUUUCCACUCAGCAUCCGAAAGCACAAAAAGUUCAUUCGUCGUAAUGUGACAAAUGUGAUCAAUGCAAAUGAUCGUUUUGAAGAGGAGACCAACAAAUGA